CAAUCGGCACACAACCUCGGAUGCAUCGUCAGUUACCGUCAGCCGGCUGUACUGUCGCGAGCAUUGCGUGCGGCGCCAUGUGGUCCAAUCUGUGGAUUGUCGUCAUUUAUCUCGUCAUCGUUGUCACAGAAGCACAUCCGGACAAUACCAAGAAACUAUAUCAGAACGAGUUGCAGACUGACCAGUCUACACGUGAAAAUCGGACUAAUGUAAAUCUUGUGAAAGACAAUACUAAUGAAUUAAAUUCCAACCUACAACAAUCCACAAAGUCUUAUAAAAAGUUACCCGCACCAGUGGUGGAUGAUGAUCUUUUGGAAUUUUUGGUUCGCGUGGCGGACAAUCCAGCAGAAUGGAAUAAAAUUCGUCGUGUUUUAAGUAUGCUGGGCCGGGACGAGACGGGCACGCCGACUGCGGCUGCGGCGGCGGCCGACGACAGUAACCACGUCGGCGCGGCCGCCAUCCAGACCGCGUCGUCCACUUCGACGCCGACGCCGCCGCCGGCCACCACUCCGACGCCGGCGCCCCCGAAGAUCGCGGCCACAAUCGCGGACGUAAUAGGCUACGGACGCGGUCUGAAACACCAACCGCCACCGACGCCGCCGACCACGUCGUCACCGUCGUGGCCGUCGGGCGACUGGAUCAUGAAAGCGGUGGAAGACAUGAAAGCGGCGGCCAGGGCUCGAGGGAUCGGGGCCGGGGGCGAGGACUACGACGGCGACGACGACGGCAACGAUUACGAUUACGACGACGACGAGAUCGAACAGAUCGAAGAACCGACUGCCGCGCCGCCGCCGCCGCCGCCUCCGCCCGCGCGGCCGUCACGGCAGCCGCUGCUCAGGACGGUGGCCGGUCACAUGUCGCGGUACGAGUUCAAGCGGUUGGACGGCAGGCCGGACGACGGUCGGGUAAACGGCACGUACGUGGCUGUCAUCGAGAGCGAUCGUCCGCCGCGCGUCGUCAUCUACGACCCGGCGAGGCAGAAAAAACCAAGAACCGACAAAUAAUUUCAACAGAAGACAGUGGAUGACGACUUGCAAACGGCAGCUAAAAACCGCCCGAAAGAAUAAUAUUUUCCGCAUAGUAAUACACACACAUACACACACAUACACACACAUAUACAUACAAAACACACAAAGAAAAGAAGUUUGUUGUAUUGAUUAAAUGAUAAAUUAUUAUUAUAAUAUAAUAUAACAAAACACGUCUGGUUAAACAUUUCUCUCGUUCAUAUUAUUUUAAUGCGUUUUAAUUUUUCGAUGUUACGACCAAAAUUGACAUUGUCACGUAUUAAAUUUUAAUUAAUAUAAUAAUAUUAUAAUAAAAUUAAAUAUCAUAAGUUGUAAUUACCGUGUGCUGUAUACACAUACGAACAAUAUAAAUUUUACUGUGUGAAAUAUUAAUAAUAACAUUAUAUUUAUAAUUAUUAUAUUACAAAUAAGCAUUACAAUACUUAAUAUCAUAAUAUAUACUAAUAUAUUAUAUUAUAUUAAACGCUGAAAUUAAUUUCUAUAUUCCGUACUUACUUAAGCACUAGAUAAUAAUAAUAUUAUGAUGUCUGAUAUGAUUAUAUAUUAGAUAAUACAUUUGCGCGUGUACGAUAUAUAGAUCCGAAUGUCGAUUUUCUUUUUGUUCCCUUCUUCGUACCCGUUUAUCAUAUAUUAUUAUUAUUAUUAUUAUUAUUAUUAAAUAUUUAAUUUAUAUUGAUUUAUAUGCUGUAUAUGUGUAUAAAUAAAU